CUUCACGAGUAUUUGGUCCUUUCCUGUAUCCAUUUGGAUGACUGGAUACGUAGCAUGUUGUGGAAGGUCUCAUCGCGUCUCAUUGGCUGAGAAGACAGCAUGUGAUUUCACUGAUCUCAUUGUCCAGAGUGCAACUUUGUAGCUCUCAUUUGGUGGUGGGCUAGUCUUGUAACUAAUUGACGGCAACAAAGUACAGUACAUUCUACUAAAAAGGUUAGAAUGUAGCCUACGAAGAAAGAGGUCACCAUCAUCAGAUGUUUCCCUUUUAUUUCCCAAAAAGAAUGAAACGCUGGGCCUACACUGCAUUGCGACUAAUAAUGUUUUUUUAAGAAGAGGGUUUUGGAUCACGAUAAAGGGAGCCAACAUCAAAGGAUGAGCGCGCAUAUGAACCUGCUGAGCCUACUGACGCAAAUUAUUCUUUGGCAAAUAGUGCCACCUAGCGAUGGAUUUCUCUUCUGCUCUACGCUUCAAAACAACCACUGAAAUUACAAGCUUUUAUACGCUCUAUAAAACGAAGCCUGUGGAAAAUACAGACAUGUUCCAUUCAAAUUAGGCUACGCAUAAUAAAAACAUAAUACUUACAGUUCGAAACAUUACAUGUUGGCCUAGGCUAUAAAUGUUAGCCUUUGUGGUUGUUUAUGAAAGUGAAUUAGGCCUGCUUUAAACUGUGUUUUGCUCUCAAAUUGUCAGGUCUGAUCACUUUUACAGGUUUAAUAAUCACUUUCAGCCUUGGGUUCUUCAAAAGGGUUUACCUUAUUCUGUCAAUAAUUGACAUUUUCAGAAGCAUAGCCUAUAGGAGUAGCCUAAAGGUGAAGAAUUUCACAUAGCUAUAACAUUACAUUCGGAUGAAGCUUUUGUUUGUUGCAGAUCAAGUCAGAUUGACAAAAAGAAGCAUCAUUGUCUUCGGUUCACACAUCCUGACAUGAAACAAAUCGGAUAGGCCUAUCCCAAAGGGUUGUGUGUAGGGUAGAUUACAUUUCUUACAUGGCAUCACAUUUUCUUAACCAUAAUCUACUGAUAGGCCUUAUAUGCGGUCUUUCGAAUGAACGAUACAUGCUCGCUUCUUAAAAUGAAAUAAGGCUGGAAAGAGGAAGAACCAAGCAUUUUAAAGUCAAAUUCUUUCUGUAAAAAAAACGCGUCCAUUUGAAAAUAACCUUUACGAUACAUUCGUGACUUGAUGGGUUACAAUCUAUCUGAAUAAAUCUGAAAAGACAAGCAAUAUGCCAAUAGGCCUACAUGUUGCUGUCAUAUAGGCUACAAUGGUUGUUUUUUGAGUUUAAGGCUAUUGGCGACUGUGAAUUAUGGGGUGCUAAUAAUAAUAGCCUAAUAAUAAGAAAAAAAUAACAAAAGUGGCUUAGUCGACAUAGUUAAUGUAUUAACGGCAAUGGUCUAUAUUUUUUAAAAGUAGCCUAGCCUAAUAGUUAACCAGAAAUGUUUAAUGAGCAUUUGCCAAUUUUUGUAUCUCCCAUAACCUGGGUGACUGCGCUAUUAAUUUAGACAAUGAAAUAGCCUAUCUCCGAAAAUAAUUACAACAUAUUCAGUUUUAGCCUUAGGCUAUGUCAUGUAAAAGUGCUUAUUUUUUUCUUUCUUUCUUUCUUUAAAAAUAUAUAGGCCUAUAUUAAUUUCCCGUUAUUGUUUAAGCCUGCGGUCUAAUUUCAGUGCACAUAACCUACCUCGAAAUAUUUUUUAUUUAAAUAAGGGACAUCUUCUAAUGUGUUCUAGACUAUCUGCGGUGGUUCGUUGGAGUAUAGGCUAGCAGAUAACUCCAGCGACAGGAAAAAUCAUUCUGGAAAUAUUAGGGUUUUAUUAGCACCAUUUAAGGUGUUUAUAUAGGCCUACUGACACGACUCUGUUGUAGGCCUAUUUGUUUUUACAAAUUGUAGUAAAAUAAUAAUAAUAAUUAACAGAUAGGCUAGGGUUAUUUUAAGAUUAAAUGGACGUAGACGGAUUUAAGUCUGUAUCAUGCAAAUAUUCUAGCAUUUUAUUUGAUCUGCAAUUAUCUAAAUAUUCUCAAACACUAUAUUCUAUAAUGCAUAGAUGUUCAGAGCUAAAAGUAUGUUAUGGUCAUGUCAUGAUCAUGCUUUAUUAAAAAGGAUCUGGCAAUCGCGUUGUGGCUCUACUACCAGCACGCGAGUGCAAGCGGACCAUUACACUCACACAAAUCAUUUGUGGAAAUCAUUAUGCUGAAAUUAUGAAAUGACCGGAGACUAGAUGUGCCUGCAUGUAAAUGUCCCGUUAGCCAGUUCUGAAAGUUUGCUCUCCAAGGGGGAGGGCCGUGACGUAUCCUUUAAAAAGGCUGAACUCUCUAGGCUGGUCGAAUUGAAAGGUAUACUCCAUCCAUUUGAACGGUUACGAAGCUUUCCUUACCCUCUCCGUCCUGAGAAACAGAGCUCUCUGACCUGGUUGGGAUGUUAAGCCUUCUGAGGUUAUUUUUACGCAAGAUUUACAACGUAUGCGUAUGCAACAAGUUUCCCAGUUCGGAUACCAACUAACGCGUGGUUCUUUUUUUCUGUCAAAAAUGGGGCAAACUAGGGACGUGGCCCCAUUCGCCUGAGAGACUUCUGCAACAUCAUUCAACAGCUUUUUCGAAAGUGAGGAUAAGUUGCCUGAUGUGGGAAUAACCAUCAAACGUCGUUGGGAAGAUUUUUUUUGUUGAACUCCCGCGUGUUUGAUUUGAAAUUGUUCCUUGGACCUGUUACUUCAACUGUUUACAAACUAUGCAGCAUCAUUUGGAACUAGGAGGCCAUUAUUAUCCUCCGGAAGCACAUCCCGACCACAGAUCCCACCGCUACAGGAGUUUCAUGAUCGAAGAAAUUUUGACGGACCACCCUAACCACAAAGUGGCCGCUCCGGCUGGAGAACUCCUCAAAUUUGGAGUACAAGCUCUUCUUUCUGCGCGUCCAUACCACAAUCAUUUAGUCUUGAAGGCAGACCAGGCCGGUAUCCUGAAGUUCCCAAUGUCACCCCUAUCGUGUUCGCUAGGAGCGCCGCUGGGAUCCGCACUCCUUUCCGGCGCUGGCCUGCAGGUUGGUUCGGCCUCACAUCAUUUGCCUCUGGAUCUCCAUCUGCGCAGUAAACUUGAUCCCGGCGGGGAUGGCAUGAACAAGACAAAGAAAGGAAGGCGAAGUCGAACAGUGUUUACUGAACUCCAGCUCAUGGGCUUGGAAAAAAGAUUUGAGAAGCAGAAAUAUCUCUCCACACCAGACAGAAUAGACCUGGCUGAAUCACUAGGCCUAAGUCAACUUCAAGUUAAAACGUGGUAUCAAAACAGAAGAAUGAAAUGGAAGAAAAUAGUUUUACAAGGAGGAGGACUGGAGUCUCCAACCAAACCGAAAGGCCGGCCGAAGAAGAACUCUAUCCCAACCAGUGAACAACUCUCGGAGCAGGAAAAGUCUCGGGAAACGGACCGACUCUCUGACAGUUCCUCCUCGACACGCUCGGAUUCUAAUCAGGAAGAGUGAAUGACUCUAAUAGUGUGUAGACGAGAACUUUCUGUCAACUGUCAGUCGACGCGCUACCGCCCCAAAAGAGGCCUGUCACCUCUGGAUGCUCUCCGGCAGUCGGCCGUUGGCACCUCGGACAUGCGAGUUCCACUCUUGGAGACUUGGAGGUCUGCUUAUGUUUAAUUUUGCCUCUACGAUUCCUUUUCCCACCGAGUGUUCUUCCUCCAGCGUCAUGAUGAUCAGACACUCCCGAAUGCCUUGUCUGAAGGGAGGGAGCAAAUACUGGUCAGUACAGAUGAACUUUUUGUAUGGGAGAACCCUCAUCCGCACUCAUUGUGCAUAUAACUAAGCUCUAAUGUUAUCUUAACAGACAGUAUGAUUUGAUGCAAUUAAAUAUGUUUUUUCCACAAAACAAUCAACGGUUUCCAUUAUUCAAGUACCAAGUCAAAAAGCGCAAACAAGUUUCAUAUUUCAGAGAUUAUUGCAGGCACAAUACAUAUCUCAAUGCACCUGGU